GCGACAGAAAGCGAAAAUAAACCAAAGUCGCGAGACACAGGCUGGUCGGUAACGGGCGCGUGAAGAGUGCAGAGAGCUCGCGGUGCGGUUCGGUUAAUGGUUAGUAUUUACUGGUUAGUAGUGCACGUCCGGGCUGAUGGAGGCGGAUUCGGGGUUCGGGAGGUUCACCCAUGCCGUGGUGCGCAACAUGCCGUCCUCGUUCGCGGCGGAAGCGCUGCGCAGCGGCGCGCUGGGGGAGGUGGACAGCGCGCGGGCGCGGCAGGAGCACGGGCACUAUGUGCGCGUGCUGAAGGAGCGGCUCGGGCUGCAGGUGCUCGUGCUGGAGGCGGAUGAGGCGCUGCCGGACUGCGUGUUCGUGGAGGACGCGGCGGUGGUGUGCGGGGACACCGCGAUCAUUACCAGACCCGGAGCUCCGAGCCGCCGUGGAGAGACCGAGGCUGUGAAGAAGGCGCUGACCGAGCUCGGCCUGCACGUCGUGGAGAUGACCGACGAAUCAGCGACCCUGGACGGAGGGGACGUUCUCUUCACAGGUCAGGAGUUCUUUGUGGGUUUAUCCAAGAGGACCAAUCAGAGAGGAGCGGAGAUCCUGGCCAACACCUUUAAGGACUACGCUGUGUCCACGGUCCCGGUCAUGGACGGUCUGCAUCUGAAGAGUUUCUGCAGCAUGGCGGGUCCGGGACUUAUUGCCAUCGGUUCCAGUGAGCCGGCUCAGAAAGCCUUGAAGAUGAUGCAGCAGAUGAGUGAUCAUAAGUACGAUAAGCUCACACUCCCUGAUGAUGCUGCCGCUAACUGCAUCUACAUGAACCUGCCGGGUAAAGGACACGUCCUGCUUCACCGGGCGCCUGAGGAGUUCCCCGAAAGUGCCAAGGUCUUUGAGAAGCUGAAGGACCACAUGCUCAUUCCCAUCACCAACAUGGAGGGGUCCAAGGUGGACGGAGCUCUUACCUGCUGCUCUGUCCUCAUCAACAAGCCAGCCAAAGUCUAAGGGAACCUACGGAGUGCACACUUCAGCGCUGUAACCAAUGACCUUAAGCAAGAUGGUUCUGUCUCGACUGCUUUGAUUCAGGCUCCAGUCCUCCCAGUGGCUUCCAGUACAGGUCUAGAUGAUUUCCUAGUGCUGUCCUUAUUAGAUUUCUGCUUACAGUAGGCUUAAUUCAGGUAGUCGUGGGUUGGUGUGUGUUUAAUUAUGGCAUUGGAAGCCACUUCAGGUAGACCAGGCAGAUUUGGGACGCAGCCCUCCACAGUUCAGCAUCUUUCAGGGUCAAACUCAGUUCAGAUCAGGAAAAGCUGAAACUCUGGAGCGCGGCGACCCAAAUAAUGGAUUUACAACACCUAGCUGAAAAGAUUUGAGCCUCUUGUGUACGAGUGUGAAUCCGAACGUGUGAAGCCUUUAAAAGCCACUAGACGACCCGACACUGUUUGCCAUGUUUUAUAACAAUCAAAUAGCCAUUUCAAUGUGGGACCAAAAUAAAGGAUUUCUUUCACAAUGA